GGUUCGGCCAUGGCCGAAGAUUUGGGGGAUCAAUUCCAAGCUCUGAAGCUGUCACUCAAAGAGAGCAAGGAUGUGGAAUUGGAUACAACUGAUGUUAAACUUAGUGAUGAGGAAUGCCGCAGAAGUGUUCUUGGGAAAAUUAUUGGCGACCGCAAAGCUAGCAUUUUUGGGAUUAAACGUAUGAUGAGUGUGGUCUGGCAAACAUCUAUGGCUUUUGAGGUUAAAGAGGUUGAGGCAAAUAUCUUCCAAUUUAUCUUUGGUUGUAAGGAGGACAAGGAGAAGGUUUUAGCAGGAGUCAAUUGGGUCUUCGAAAACCAAUAUUUGGUGCUCCAAGACUGGAGAGAAGGCUUGUCUUUCCAGGACCCGAGCUUCAACGAAAUAUCUCUAUGGGUGCAAGUGCAUAAGCUUCCUCUGAACUGGCUAAGCAUAGAAGUGGGUCAGAAAAUUGGGAGGCUGUUCAAGAGGAUCAAAAAUGUUGUGGUGGUGAAAUCAGGAGGGGCUCAAGGUAGUUAUCUGAGAAUGUUGGUUUCUCAUGAUAUUUCUGAACCUAUUCUCAGAUGUGCUCAUAUUAAACUCGGUGAUCAACGAUUGGGUGUGACCUUCUUGUAUGAAAAAUUGGUAAGCUGCUGCUAUUACUGUGGGAUUGUGGGUCAUCUGGAGAGAUCAUGUGAUGUCCGAGCUAAGGAUAUUGAAGAAGGCAAGCAAAUGGUGGGUCAAUUUGGUGAGUGGUUGAAAGCGAUGGAAAUUGGUAGAAUGGGAGGGUCAUCUCAGAACUCAUCUCCUUCUCAAACUAAUAGCAACUUGCACUCUCAAGGGAAUCACUCUAACCCAGGGCAGAUGAACUCAACAAAUGCAGAGCAGGAAAUGGGUAGAUCCAAUGGAGGGAUUCCUCAGUCUGAUCACCCCAAUGACAUUCUAUCUACAGCUUUGGUGGUUAGUUCUGAGAUUAAUACAGGUAACCUUCAACCUGUGAUUCAAAGGGAAGAUCAUAACUUAAGCCUAUGGGUGCAAUCAGAAGUUGAGGAGGUCAAGAGGAUGGAAAUUCAUCAGGAGAUUGUAAAGGAUAUGAUGAUACCAGUCAGAGAUCAAGAGACUAUAGUACCAAAACCAACAGGAUUGGAUCUGGUGAUGAAACCUAACUCUUCAACCUGGAAGAGGAAGAAGUCUGAAUCAGGUAGACUUCAGAGAACCAUGGAGACACCAAUAGAGGCUGCAACACAUACUAUUGGGAAAAGAAACAGACCUUUACUAGCUCAGGCU